CGGCCGCUGUGACGCACAAGUGGCGCCCGCUUCGUCACGGGUCCGUGCUAACUCCCGCAGCUCCUUUGUUGUCAUUCAGCAAUAAUAACCCACAUUAUCACGUAAACGCGCUGUUGUGAACAUUUCCAAGAUGAGCGGUGGAGUGUACGGGGGCGAUGAGGUGGGAGCUCUGGUGUUCGACAUUGGCUCAUACACAGUGAGAGCUGGCUAUGCAGGAGAAGACUGUCCCAAGGCUGACUUCCCCACGGUGAUCGGUGUUACCCUUGACCGCGAGGAUGGCACCACUCCCAUGGAGACGGACGGUGACAAAGGCAAGCAGAGUGGUACCAUUUACUACAUUGACACCAACCAGCUGAGGGUCCCGAGGGAGACCAUGGAGGUCAUGUCUCCCCUCAAGAACGGCAUGAUUGAAGACUGGGACAGUUUCCAAGCCAUUUUGGAUCACACCUACAGGAUGCACUUCAAGUCAGAACCAAGCCUGCAUCCAGUACUUAUGUCGGAAGCAUCAUGGAACACGCGCGCAAAACGAGAGAAACUGACCGAACUGAUGUUCGAGCACUACAACAUUCCCGCCUUCUUUCUCUGCAAGUCAGCCGUGCUGUCUGCCUUCGCCAACGGGCGGUCUACAGGCUUGGUCCUGGACAGCGGAGCCACACACACCACAGCCAUACCGGUGCAUGAUGGCUACGUCCUGCAGCAAGGCAUUGUCAAGUCCCCCCUGGCUGGAGAAUUCAUGAGCAUGCAGUGUCGAGAACUUUUCCAAGAGAUAAAUGUUGAAAUAAUUCCACCUUACAUGAUUGCAUCAAAGGAUCCAGUGCGAGAGGGAUCGCCGGCCAGCUGGAAGAAAAAGGAGAAACUACCUCAAGUCACACGCUCGUGGCACAAUUACAUGUGCAAUUGUGUCAUCCAAGACUUCCAGGCAUCUGUGCUGCAGGUGUCCGACUCGCCAUACGACGAACAGGUUGCUGCCCAGAUGCCCACAGUGCACUAUGAGCUGCCCAAUGGCUACAACUGUGAUUUUGGGGCUGAGAGGUUGAAAAUCCCAGAGGGCCUUUUUGACCCCUCUAACGCAAAGGGCUUGUCUGGAAACACGAUGUUAGGAGUCAGCCACGUGGUGACAACCAGCGUGGGAAUGUGCGACAUCGACAUUCGGCCGGGUCUGUAUGGCAGCGUAGUGGUGACAGGAGGAAACACGCUGAUUCAGGGCUUCACUGACCGACUCAACAGAGAACUCUCCCAGAAAACGCCCCCGAGUAUGCGACUGAAGCUGAUAGCCAAUAAUACCACAGUGGAGCGCAGGUUCAGUGCAUGGAUCGGAGGCUCCAUCCUAGCAUCACUUGGAACCUUCCAGCAAAUGUGGAUCUCCAAACAGGAGUACGAGGAGGGAGGAAAGCAGUGUGUGGACAGAAAAUGCCCUUAAUUUUACACCGAGCAUAUCCCCAUACCUAAUGAUACAGAGAACCAAUCGUAAAUCUUUUUUUAGCAGUUUGUCCAUAUUUUCUGUGUUUGUGGAUGUGUUGUAGCGACAUACACAUUCACAAUUGCCUAUCACUUUGAUGAAGUGAGAUUAAAUUUCUUUGCCAUAAUGUUCAGUGUGAUGCCUUAUCUUGAGAUGAAAAGUGGUUUAUGGAAACCAGAAAGCAACUAAAUCUCACUCGUGAACACUAUUUUCGUACUUUACAUCUGCUCUUCUUUCCUUUUGAUCAGUAUGGCAUACCCCAAAACAACAAACUUGGUUCCCACUGAGCAUAAAUACAUUUUUCCCCCCAAACAUUUUAUACACAAUACUGAUAAAGUAGUUUUGAAAGUUCACUUUCAAUAACUAGGUGUUUUUUAAGAACCUUUACAGUUGAAGUGAUAGUCUGUGGUGCAUAAACUGUACAAACUCAUUGACGUAGGCCUCGUUGCCUCUGUGGGAGUUUCAAGUCAUAAUAAAACUAUUUAAUUGUA